AUGUCAUCUCCGUCGUCUAUUCUCGGAACCGUGUCUCACAUUUACACAUACCCACUGAAAGGAGCAAAUGGACAAAAGCUCGCGCGAACAUCCCUCACGCCUUUUGCGUCAAUCCCUAACGACCGCUGCUUGGCACUUUUGCGAGCGGAAACGAUUCGAGCGAACAAAUGGAUGGAAGAGAAAUCGACGAAAGAGAACGCAGAUAUCGUUUUGCAAACCGGUGAGGGGAAAGAUCCGCAACAUCAUUCGAAUAAGCAUCUGUUUCACCAACUGAUAACCGAUCCUCAACUAGGGAAAUACGAAUGCGUUCUUACGGAAGAGGAUUUUAGCAACACCGAAAGGAAAAAAAAUAAUAACGAAGAUGGAAAUAUUAACACGAGUCGACGACGACAGUUAUCGAUCAUCGAAGCGAAGACGAAGACAGUAGUUGCACGAUGUUUAAAUUUGGACGACGAGAAGGAGAGAUUGGUCAUCGAAACGUUUUUCGCGGAACGUUUAGAAACUGCAAAUACGCAAAACGGAAUACCGAAACUCGUCUUCGCGGACGGUAUUAGCUUUGCAAAUGUGGGCGGAAAAGUUAAGGAACACGUUCUACACAUAAUCACAAAGUCAACGGCCAGAGAAGUGUACGAGAGCAUCAAAGUGAGUAGCGAUAGCAGUAAUAGCGAUAGUAGUCUAGAAGAGUUUAUGAUGCGGUUCAGGGCGAAUAUAAUUGUCGAUGAUACAACUUCUGGGGGUGACCCGUGGAAAGAAUUCGAUUGGUGUGGAAAGAAAGUACGAAUUGGCGACGUAGUCCUGAAUAUAAACGAGCCUACUAUCAGAUGUCCUUCUACCAGAGUAGUUGCGAAUAAUCGCGGAGAAGUUGACGAAGUCAUACAACCGGAUGUACAAAUUAGAACUCAUUUUCCGGACGUCGAAGGGUCCAUUUUUGGGCGCGAGAAAAUUAAAUUGAGUGACAAAGGCAGUUAUUUCGGACUAUAUGCGAGUUGUAUAAAAGGUGGAUCGAUUCGAAUAGGCGACGCACUCACUUUUGUAUGA